UCCUUCUUCUCUCUCUCUGUGUCGUCUAAAGCCUUCUCUCUCUCUGUCUGUCACUUUCUCUCUCUACACUCCACAGUGUCUCUCUCUCUCUAGACGCUCACAUUCAUUCCUUGCUUCCUCCUUUUAUAUCACGGGAUCCAUAUCUCCAUCUCUCUCUUUCUUCUCUCCUCUCCCUCUCUCUCUCUCUCUCUCUCUCUCUCAUGUCUUCUCCUUCUUGUGCUUGUGCUUCUUCCAUUUUUUCAAAGCCUUGGUGUACAUCUCUCCAUUCUGCUGCUACUCGGCGCCUGUUGCCGUCGCAUUCAAGGACAUUGCUGGAGUAGGAGAGAGAAACCCUAAGGAAUCCCUAAAACAGGAGCGGAGAGCGAGGUCUGGUGUGAGGAGAGAGAAGAAGGGGGACGGAGGAAGCUUCAGAUUCGAACGCCGAGCAAGGGAGCAUAAAUGUCGCACUCCGGUAAGCCUGAGCUCGGCCUUGACGGUCUGUCGGAUCGUUUCCGCGACUCAAUGAGCUGCGAAGUGAACAAGCCUGAUUUCCGCGAAAUCGAUCUCGGCUCGCCCGUCUCCCCUCUGCGGACUCGUCAGAGCGGGCUCAUCACCACUACCACCACCAGCAGCAGCUCCAGCUCGUCCGGAUCCGUCUCCGGCCGGCCCGGCCUGGGUCCUGCUCCGAGGCGGUCAGAUGCUGGCCAGAACAGCCACUCCGGCGAGCUCUCCGGCUCCAGUGAGAACAGCCCCACGGCCGGAUCCGGCAAGACCAUACGGAGUUUCGGGUCGGGUCCGGUGAGAUCCGAAUCCGUGAGCACCUACCCAACGGCUUACUCGGGACAGAGCUCUGUCAAUUCUCCGCCACUGAACGUCCUUCCCACCGGCAACAUCUGUCCAUCUGGUCGGAUCCUUAAGACGGGCAUGGCCACAAGCCGAACUUCUAGGACGGACGUUCUGGGCUCAGGCACGGGCAAUUACGGACACGGGAGCAUAAUGCGGGGUGGGGGAAGCAGUGUGGGCCCUAUGAAAGUGGAGCCAGUUCCAACUAGUUCCCGAGGUGUUUAUGGCCAUGGAGGAGAGACAGCUAGGCGGGCUAUUGCGGCCGUAUCGGAUCCAGAAGAGCUGAAGAAGGCAGGGAACGAGCAUUAUAAGAAGGGACAAUUUUUGGAAGCUUUGGGACUUUAUGAUAAAGCCAUCUCGAUUUCACCGGGCAAUGUAGCCUACCGGAGCAACAGGGCAGCUGCCCUUAUGGGUCUCGGGCGGAUGGGAGAGGCAGUGAGGGAGUGUGAAGUGGCGGUGAACUUGGAUCCCAAGUACUGGAGGGCGCAUCAGAGAUUGGCAUCUCUGUUUAUUAGACUAGGGCAGGUAGAAAAUGCCAGGAAGCACCUAUAUGUCUAUGGACAGAAACCUGAGCCGGUUGAGCUUCCUAAGCUACAGGCAGUAGAAAAGCACCUGUGCAAAUGUGCUGAUGCGCGGAAAGUUGGUGACUGGAAAAGUGCAUUGAGGGAGGCUGAUGCUACAAUUGCUGCUGGAGCAGACUUCUCUCCUCAGCUCUUUAUGUGUAGAGUCGAAGCCCUUCUGAAGCUUCACCAACUUGAAGAAGCUGAAUCAAGCAUAAAGAAUGUUCCUAAGUUAGCAUCAUAUAUUGAUUCGUGCGCGCAAACACAGUUCUUUGGAAUGCUUUCUGAAGCAUAUCCUAUGUUUGUCCGUGCCCAGAUGGAGAUGGCCCUGGGAAGGUUCGAUGCUGCAGUUUCUGCGGCUGAGAGAGCUGGACAAAUUGAUGCUCAAAACUUUGAAGUUUCAGGAUUUCUAAGAAAUGUCAGGUUGAUAGCUAGAGCUCGGGCCCGUGGAAAUGAUCUCUUCAAAUCUGAAAGGUUCACUGAAGCUUGCUCAGCAUAUGGAGAGGGCCUCAAGCUCGAUCCUUCGAACUCUAUUCUCUAUUGUAACAGAGCAGCCUGUUGGUUUAAGCUCGGUCUCUGGGAAAGGUCCAUAGAGGAUUGCAACCAUGCCUUGCACAUUCAACCCAAUUACUGGAAAGCUCUUCUCAGGAGGGCUGCCUCGAACAGCAAACUGGAAAGGUGGGCAGAUGCUGUGAGAGACUAUGAAGUUCUUAGAAGGGAGCUUCCUGAUGACAACGAAGUAGCCGAAUCUCUUUUCCAUGCUCAAGUUGCAUUGAAGAAGUCGCUCGGAGAAGAGGUAGUCAACAUGCAGUUUGGUGGUGAUGUGGAAGAAGUAUCAAGUGUUGAACAGUUCAAGGCUGCAAUCUCUCUACCAGGUUUGAAGCUACUGAUGGAUUCGCAGGUGAUUUAUCUGUCCGAUUUUCUAUGCAAUAUUAAGAUGUGGAGAAUUACAGGGGUUUCUGUGGUGCACUUCAAAGCAUCGGCGAGCCAGCAAUGCAAACAGAUGGCAGCUUUUCUGGAUACUCUCUGCAGUCGCUACCCGUCGAUAAACUUUCUCAAGGUGGACAUUGAAGAAUGCCAGGCAGUUGCGAGCGCGGAGAAUGUGAGGAUUGUACCCACAUUCAAGAUAUACAAAAAUGGUAACAGAGUGAAAGAGAUCAUCUGCCCGAGCCGGGACGUGCUAGAGCAUUCGGUGAGGCAUUAUAGCUUGUAGAGCUUAUUGGAGCCAUUCAGCAUCUGAGUCUGUUUCUCUGCCGUUUUUUGCAUUCUCAUCAACUUGAAGUGAACUCGCAUCCCAUCAGUUUCUUCCACUGCCCCUCCAUACAAAUCUUCAUGCCACCCGACCUGUAAGGAUUUACCAGAUACCUGUGACAUAAUCUAUAUAAAACUUCAUCUUCAUUAGUAGACCUUGAGAUAAGCCCGAGAGAGAGAGAGAGAGAGAUAGUUUAGUCAUCUUUUUGCCUGUUUUUACUUAAUUCUUUCAUUCCUCAAUUGCUCUCUCUCUCUGGUUCCUUUGCUCCAACUCCUUCCUCCCUCCCUCCCUUGGCCUUGCCUUUUCCCCCAUUUUCUGCAUCCUUUGCUUUCCUCCUUUCAAACCCAUGUAGGUGCACUCAGUUUAACGCAUCCCAUUCCAGCAAAACCCGAUGAGACUUGUAGAAUUUGUUGAUGCCUUGGUUACUAAAUACAUUUUAGAGGGACAGAGAGAGAGGCGGGGACGGGGAACCCGUUAGUAGAAGGGGAGGAUCCUGUAUAUGUAUAUAUGUGAUGAUAUAUAUACACGAAAAAAGAAAUGGAUUAGAAGAGAGAAGGAAAGGCAUUGGAAGCCCUGAGGGAGAGAAUUGGAUAUGAUGUCUGGUGGGUGCUUAGACUUGGGUUGGUGAUAUAGAGGAGAGGAAGGAUCAGAUCGAAAAUUUGUUGUUUUAUUUUUUUUGGUUCUUUCUCUGUUCCUUGUUGUCAAUCAUUUUUAUUUAUCAUCAGUAAUAAAAGUUCCCCAAUUUUUUCCUUGUUA